CACUUAACUCGGUUUUCUUAGGCUUCAUAAACAAGCGGCAUUUGUUUGACAAUCGUGUGUAUGCAAAAAAAAAUCACGUAGAAAAUAGUGAUUUUGAAAGAAAGUAGUGUUCAAAAAUCUUUGAAAUCUCUACAGAUACAGCAGCAAAAUGAGUUCCGGCAACAUGCUAUACGGUGGUGAUGAAAUUGGUGCAUUAGUCUUUGAUCCGGGGCAUCACUCACUGCGUGUGGGUUAUGCCCAAGAGGAUACACCUAAAGCGGAAAUACCCUCUGUUGUGGGAGUUGGACCAAGUGUACCAGAUACAAAUAUGGAUUUGGAAACCAAAGCUGAUAAUAAUGUGACACAGAAUAACGCUCCAUCACACAAAUAUUAUGUGGAUACAACCUAUAUAAAUGUACCACGUUCCCAAAUGGAGAUCCAAACUUAUAUGAAGGAUGGCAUGAUCGAUAAUUGGGAUUUAUUUGAAAAAGUAAUAGACUAUGCCUAUGCCAAGGUAAUACAAUCUGAACCAGAAUAUCACCCAGUAUUGUUUUCGGAGGCCUCGUGGAAUGUGCGCAACAAUCGUGAAAAGCUGACAGAACUAAUGUUUGAGAAGUACAAUGUACCGGCUUUCUUUUUGGUGAAAAAUGCAGUUUUGGCUGCUUUUGCCAGCGGCAGAGCAACAGCCUUGGUUGUAGAUAGCGGUGCCACCCAUACCUCUGCCGUGCCGGUACAUGAAGGUUAUGUGCUGUCACAGGCCGUUGUUAAGUCACCUUUGGGUGGAGAUUACCUUUCCAUGCAAUGUCGUCAGCACUUGGAAAAGAUUGGCAUCGAUUUAACACCAUCCUAUCAAAUUGCUUCCAAAGAUGUAGUCAAGGAAAGAGAUAAUCCACGUUUCACAACACGUAAAAUACCAGAUAAUUUAACUCAGUCAUGGCAAAACUAUAUGCAAAAAUUACUGCUGCAAGAUUUUCAAAUGAAUAUUUUACAAGUUUUGGAGAAUCCAUAUGAUGAAAGGGUGGCAUCACAAAUACCUACCGUGCACUAUGAAUUUCCAACGGGCUACCACCAGGAGUUCGGCUCAGAACGUUUCAAACUGGCUGAAAGUCUAUUCGAUCAUGCACCAUUGGGUGCCGGACAAUUGGCGUCGACAAGUGUUGGCAUGUGUGAUGCUGAUGUACGUCUAUCCCUGUACGGUUCUGUGGUGGUAACAGGGGGAAACACACUACUACAAGGCUUCCCCGAACGAUUGAAUCGUGAUCUGCAGCUACGCGCACCAUCUAAUACACGUCUGAAAAUGAUUUCUGCAAAUGGCAGUGUUGAGCGAAGAUUCGGCGCCUGGAUAGGAGGCUCAAUAUUAGCUUCCAUUGGUACAUUCCAACAAAUGUGGAUAUCAUCUCAGGAAUAUGAAGAAUCGGGUAAAAGUCAAGUUGAAAGAAAAUGUCCUUAAGAUAGAUUAACUUCUGAAAACAGUGGGUACGACAACAUAAAUUGAUAAUACAAGGGGGAAUUAAGUAAUAUAAGCACGACAAAUAAAAUGGGAUUUAUAACUUAUAUAA